AUGCCGCGCCAGGCACCUGAAUUUGACUUCGAAUGGACGUCAGAAGAGGACCUGCUGCGGUUCCUCGCGCAGCCACACAUCAACGCAGAGCUACAGGAAUAUGGCUUUAUCAUGCUGCGCGUCAUCCUGCCUGAAGGCGGAGUUGUAGAAGAGAUUCUUAGAAAUCCGGCGGUAUUUCGAACCAUGUUCCGGGAGAAAAACAGCAUCAUUGCCUACCAGCAUGUCGUCACAUCCAAUGGCUGCAUUGAAGAAACGAUCGAUCGGGAAACCAAAGCCGUUCAGUAUAUGUGGGAUGUGAGAGCUUCUGCGGCGGUGGAUCUGCCUCAUGAAGAGGAUCGGCCGUUUAUCCUUACCGAAGAAGGGCGGAGGCUGUUUCCCCUCCCGAUCGCAGCAGAAAAGUUCUUUGCGCAGCAUUUCCACAAAGCAGAUGCAGGGGAAUCGCAUCGACGCGCCUUCUACUGUAUCAGCACGAAGAACAUCAUGGAUCACUACAAAAAGGGAUACAAUAUGGCUGAUUUCUCGUGCGUCCUUCGGAAAUACUCGGAGGAUAUGCUUACCGGGCCAAUGGGUGGGAUCAGUACGUAUUUUACGUACAUUUCUGCAAGAGGAUCAGUAUCAGCCCUUCAUAUCGAAGAUGCUGACAUGGUGUCCAUUAACUAUUGCGUUUUCUGUGCCGAUCCGAACUUGCUGAAGCUUUGGUUCGGCUGGCCGCCGCACGCUCUUCCGCUUUUACGGCAGCUUGGUCUGGAGGAACAUCUGAAGCAAUACCCCGACAGUAACGCGACGCCGGAGGAAUUUGUGAACGCGCGUGACAAACAGCAGUUCAUGGAUCCAGCUGCUGUGGAGAAGGCAAUCGGUGUGCCGGCGACCUAUGCGUUCCAAAGAGAAGGAUACAUGAUUGUGACUGCGCCACGGGCGCCCCAUGAAGUGAUUAAUCUGGGAGAACAUUUUGCCAACGGCCGAAGUAUCACCCGAAGAUAA